GCCAUAAAGAGCCUCAACGUAAAAAAGCUCCACGUCAAUAGGUCACUCCUCAUGGAAUUGAAAUUGGUACGAGAACUGACCCACGAAAAUCUUGUCCGCGUUGUGGGUCUUUGCGUCGAAGAUCCGAACAUUUCCAUCAUAACUGAACUAUGCCCCAGGGGAAGCCUCAGGGACAUGUUAGAAAAUGAAGAAAUGAAUAUAGACUGGAUGUUCAAGUGCUCCAUCAUCACAGACUUGGUCGAGGGUCUAAACUACCUUCACGGGUCCCAAAUCCAGUACCAUGGCCGUCUGAAGAGCACGAAGUGCAUCAUAGAUGGAAGAUUCGUUGUGAAACUCAUUGACUUUGGGCUACGUCACCUGCACGUGCAGCUCCCUGAGCCCGAAGAGAAAAACCCGAGGACUAUGUUUUGGACUGCCCCGGAAAUCCUGCGUCUGAAAGAACCUCGACUGCAUGGCAGUCAGAAGGCAGAUAUUUACGCCUUCGCAGUUAUCUUGCAGGAGGUGGUAACACGAUCUGGGCCAUUUGAGUCGCUCGAACGACUCGGGCGCACAAGAAGUCUCAUGGAGCCGGAAGAGAUCCUGGAUCGCGUGAAGAUGGGAACAAUGCCUCCUUUCCGCCCGGAAGUGUCUCCGGACGAAUGCCCCGCUGAGGUCUUGAGACUGAUGCGCAGCUGCUGGGCGGAAUCUCCAUCGGAUCGCCCUUCCAUUGCUGAAGUCCGACACUGUGUGAAGAAAGUAACUAAGGGGCUGUCUGGCAAGAAUUUCUUCGACAACUUGCUUCAACGAAUGGAGCAGUAUGCAAACAACUUAGAAUCGUUGGUCGAAGAAAAAACGCAGUCCCUUCUAGAAGAGAAGAAACGAACCGAUGAGCUGCUCUACCAGCUACUUCCAAGAUACGUUGCCGACGAAUUGAAGAAAGGCUCCCACGUGCAACCAGAAGCGUUUGAUAGUGUGACUAUUUUCUUCAGCGAUAUCGUAGGAUUUACAUCUUUGUCUGCGGACAGUUCACCAAUGGAGGUGGUGACACUCCUAAACGACCUGUACACCUGCUUUGACGGCAUCAUCGAAAUGUACGACGUGUAUAAAGUGGAAACCAUUGGUGAUGCUUACCUCGUUGCUUCGGGGCUCCCAAUUCGCAACGGCAACGAGCACGUCAGACAAAUCGCUCGCAUGGCACUCACUCUCCGUCACAAGCUACGUUCCUUCAAAAUCAAACACCUGCCACAGCGCAAGCUACAGAUUCGUAUCGGAAUCCACUCUGGUCCCUGUGUGGCAGGAGUCGUGGGACUGAAGAUGCCAAAGUACUGCCUCUUUGGAGACACUGUAAACACUGCUUCUCGUAUGGAAACCACAGGAGAGGCCUUGAAGAUACAUAUCAGUUCUAAAGUGAAGGAACUAUUGGAGGAAUUUGGCACGUUCGAAAUCACUCUGCGCGGCGAAGUGCAGGUUAAGGGAAAGGGCACCAUGACAACGUAUUGGCUGGAAUCUGAGAGACCAUUAGACAGAACGGAAGUCGUCAGCGUACACUCCUAAGGUGGUUCUUGGCCAAUAUACUCUUCGAAAGGGAAACUGAAGGAGGCAGGACAUACCUUGGCAACAGCAGAGCACCUUCAGCUCCCUGUUUCUCCUCCAACGACGAAACAUUUCUUUUGAGACGCUCCCGCAAAACGGAGCUCUUUAUUCUUGUUCCUCGCGUACAGUCACUCUCAUUGACUGUGUGCCGCGUAAGCCUAAUCACCUACUAACUAAUCAGCCGUAGUGCUUCAGUGUUGUAUUUCCCCACGCGCAAGAUACAUAUCCAUGCAACUAGCGUCAUCGUUGACGUAUUCAUCUCACUUUUCCGUACGUUGGUUGUUUCAUUGAAAAGUUAUACCUCGAUAUUAAAUAUGGUAACAAUCUUGCGUUGA